AUGGGUUGUGCGUCUUGUUUACCUCUUCAGCAGCCUUUAUGGUACGAAUACUAUGGGCCGAUCAGGCGUGUCGAAGCGGCAAAUGCAAUCAACGCGGCCAUUGCAGAUAAUCUGAAUUUUGAUAAUGCAAUGACCCGUGUUCCAAUUAGAAAAGUUACAGCUCCUCACAUCAAGGUUCCUGGUGCAUUAAACAAGCCAAUUGUCGCAAAUUUAACCGAUACUACAGUAACAAUUUCUUUUUCAACGAAAGCUGCAGGCACAAUGACAUUAAGUGCCAACGAAUCAUCUGAAGCACUUGAAUUCGCAAAUGCUCUAAAUCAAACUCUUACAUUCAACAGACCAACAGACGAACAAUGGACUAUCAAAUUUGAUUUCGAAGAUGGAGAAGAAGUUUCAUGCAGAAUUAUUAAACUCAACGCUAAAACACCAUCAAGUCCAAUUGUUGCAGAUGAUAAAAUCGUUAUUAAUGGAAAAAUUUCCACAAUUAACAAAGUUUUCCGUGAAGAAGAUGAAGGAUCCGAUGGUGGAUUCAACGAUGGCAUGUGCCUUAUUUGUUGCAGUGCAGAAUCUACAGUUAUUGCUUUUCCAUGCAGACAUUGCUGCAUGUGCAGCGAAUGUGCUGAGAGAUUUGCAACGAUGACAAUACAUUGUCCUGUUUGCAGAGCAAUUGUUACGGAAUUAAUCGACUGCGCUCCAAAUCAAGAACAAAAUCCACCUCCACCACCGUAA